AUGGAUCGCUGCCGCUUUCAGCUGACCAAACCCCUAUUUAUAUUUCUAGCGUUUCUCUGCGGAUUACCACAUCCCUCCCUCUCCGAAGAUGACGUCAGGUGCCUGCGGGAGCUGAAGAGCUCGCUGACCGACCCCAAUGAAAAGCUCAGCACCUGGGAUUUCUCAAACACCACGCGGGGAUUCAUCUGCAGAUUCUCCGGCGUCACCUGCUGGAACGAGCAGGAAAACCGUCUCAUAGGGCUGGAGCUCGCGGAUUUCGGGCUCACCGGCUCAAUCCCCGACUCGUUUCGCUUCUGCAACAGCAUUCAAACCUUAACCCUCUCUGGAAACUCUCUAUCCGGUUCGAUCCCCCGUCAGUUCUGCAGCUGGAUGUCGUAUUUGACCACGCUCGAUUUGUCACGAAAUAGUCUCUCCGGUGAGAUACCGGAGGGCCUUGCCGACUGCUCGUACCUGAAUAACUUGCUCUUGAAUGAUAACAGCCUGUCGGGCGUUAUUCCUUACCGGUUGUCGAGUUUGGGGAGGUUGAAGAAAUUCUCUGUUGCGAAUAAUGAUUUGUCCGGCAGGGUGCCUUCGUUUAACUACGAUCUGGAGCUCGAUUAUGGUGGUAACGACGGGCUUUGUGGCGGCCCAUUGGGAAAAUGCGGUGGCCUGAGUAGGAAAAGUCUGGUUAUUAUCAUUGCCGCCGGUGUUCUUGGUGCUGUAGUUUCUCUGUUGCUAGGGUUAUGUUUGUGGUGGUUGUACUUUUCGAAAUCGAACAAGAGGAGCAAGAAAGGUUAUGGGGUCGGGAGAAAGGAUGAUUUGAGCAGUUGGGUGGAGAUACUGAGAGCCCACAGGCUUACGCAAGUGAUUCUGUUUCAAAAGCCACUUGUGAAGGUCAAAUUGUCGGAUUUAUUGCUUGCCACGAAUAAUUUCAGCUCUGAGAACGUUAUAGUCUCGAGCCGAACAGGAACGACUUACAAAGCUAUCCUCCCAGACGGAUCGGCCCUCGCGAUCAAACGGCUUAGUGAGGGAAAAAUGGGUGAAAAGCAGUUUAGAAUGGAGAUGAAUAGGUUGGGCCAGUUAAGGCACCCGAAUUUAGUGCCAUUGCUGGGUUUUUGCUUGGUGGAGGAUGAAAAGCUUUUGGUUUAUAAGUAUUUAUCGAAUGGAACUUUGGGCUCGAUGCUGUGUGGAGAUAAUGCUGGCUUACUCGAUUGGCCGACUCGGUUUAGGAUUGCACUCGGGUCUGCAAGAGGGCUCGCGUGGCUCCACCAUGGCACUCGGCCUCCAAUCUUGCAUCAGAACAUUUGCUCGAAUGUGAUCAUGCUCGAUGAGGAUUUUGAUGCGAGGAUAAUGGAUUUUGGCCUGGCGAGUCUUUUGACCUUUUCGGGCUCGAACGAAACUAGUUUCGUGUAUGGAGAUUUAGGUGAAAUUGGGUAUGUUGCUCCCGAGUAUUCGAGCACGAUGGUAGCCUCGUCAAAAGGGGAUGUUUAUGGUUUAGGUGUGAUUCUGCUCGAGCUGGCGACUGGGUUGAAGUCGCUCGAUGUUAGUGACGUUGAUGAGGGGUAUAAGGGUAAUUUAGUCGAGUGGGUUAACGGGCUUGCUAGUUGUGGACGGGUUAAGGAUGCUAUUGAUCAGUGUUUGCGUGGGAAGGGACAUGAUGAGGAGAUUGUGAGUUUUUUGAGGAUAGCGUGUAAUUGUGUGGUUCAGCAGCCGAAGAGUAGAUGGAGUAUGUAUCAAUUGUACGAGUCGUUGAGGGAAAUGGCUGAGGAGCGCGGUUUUUCGGAGACUUAUGAUGAUUUCCCUUUGUUGGUUGAAAAACAAGAUUUGGCAAGUCCUGUUUGA